AUGGCUGCUGUACAACAGAAUUUAUCAAAAAUGAUUUCGGCACAGCUACGAAAUAAAGCAAAUGAGUUUUUAAAUUCACGGAAGCAUGCAAAUAAUCUUGCCGAUAUACUGCAAAUGUUUGAGGCGGAGACGGACAAUUAUACACCCUUACUGCUUACUGUGGAAGUGAUAUUUACUGAACUACUACGAAGAGGUGACCUGGUAGAGGAAAUCAUACCCCUGAAACCAGCGGAACGCAGUCCCGAAGCUGAAUAUAAACGAUGGCUACGCGAGUGCUACGAAGCGGCGCACACCCGCGCUAUCGAGUGCAUCAAACGCGGCCGCACCAAUUCCAGACUCCAGGCCUUGGUGACGGCUUGUAAAUUGAUGCAAGCUGAGGGGAAGCAUCCUCUGGAGCAGUCUACUGGUUACUACUUCCCGUCUGUGAGGCUCAAGAAUAUAUUCACCACUUUGCUGGAUUCUGAGACAUCUAUGUCGGCGCCACUAGCUCGCUUCCAGGAGUUCACCGAAUAUCGUGAUGUCCAGCAGUAUGGCCUUAAAGUGCUCUCUACAAUCGCUUAUCGCAAAUCACCAACGAGCAUCUACAUGCAGAACUACUUGGAAUUGCUGGACAAGCUGUUGAUUUGUGAAAUCACCAUGGAUAACAAGGGCAAGCUGAAAGAGAGAGAUUUUGAACAAAAGGAGGAGAAGUUAUUGUGCAGUACAGAAGACAAGGCCCCUUUCCCGUACAACCCGGGUGUAUGCCGGCGCUACGCCAACCGCUGCUGGGGCUUCGCGUGCCAGUGGCCGCUCUGCGACGAGCCGCGCUCGCACCGCCGCGCGCUGGCGCUGCUCGUGGAGCGCCUCAUGCCGCUGCUCACCAAGCCGCACCUCGCCACCGACAUGCUGUGCGACAGUCUCGACGCCGGUGGCCCCAUAAGCAUGUUAGCGCUACAGGGUGUGCUAGAGCUGGUGCGAACGCACAACAUCGACUAUCCAGACAUGUACGACCGACUGUACGCCAUGUUUGAACCAGAGAUGUUCGCCACGAGGUACAAGAAACGGCUCAUGCACCUCGCCGAUAUAUUCCUUAGUUCCACUCACCUCCCGGAGGCUUUGGUUGCUGCAUUUGCUAAACGUCUGUCCCGUCUUGCGCUCGUAGCUUCCGCUGAAGACGCUGUUGGCUUGUUGCAGCUCGUAGCAAACCUGCUGCUACGCCACCCCGCUCUGAAGCGCAUGAUAUGCUACGAAGACUCGCCCAACAUAAUGUCAACGGACCCGUAUGUAAUGGAGGAGACAUGCGCAAGCGCAUCGCGGGCUCUGGGCUCUUCGCUGUGGGAGGUGUGCGCUUUGCGGCGGCACAAUGUCCCCGCGCUCAGCGCCGCGGCCGCUCGCCUGCUCGACACCGGAGCCGCUCGUGCUGCGCCCAAACCGCUCGCGCCGCAGGACCUGGCCAGUUCAUUCGAUGCAGAACUAAAGAGAAGGUUCAAAACGAUAGAAAUGAACUUCGUCCGACCACAGGGCAUGACAUCAUCAGGUGAUCGCGUCAUGCAGUACUGGGAACUGAUGGCCUAA